CUAGAAUAAAAAAGAAAUGUAUCAAUUAAAAAUUAAAAAUAAAUGAUGAUUGCACGAGUUGAUGACAGUUCCCUUCAAUCAAUGGAAGAAUAUAAAGGCCUUUGAAUAAUUUAAAUAAAUGAAAAACAUGUCGAACUGAUGAUAUCAGUACUCAUAUAUAUUAUAUAUUAAAACUGGAAUGUGGAACAAAAUGAAACAAACGUUGAGUGCAGAGUAGAGAGUAACAUUAAUGUCCUUUGAAUUUAAUAAUACAGUAGAGUUUUAUUUAAAAAGGAAAGGGAAAAGCGAAUGGAUAAAAUUUUAAAUUGAAUUUUACUUGAUCAUUGACUGCUGCAAGUUACAGUGACGUUAAAUAAUUUUUAAAAGUAAAUUUAAAAUAAACAAAGUUAAAUUAACUGAUAAAGAUAUUUAAAAUUAAAAUAUAUACAAUUAUGCUGGCAGAACUUUUUCCUUUUUGGACGAAAUACGGCUAUUGCUUAAUAAUUGUCCUCGUUUUUUACAGUAUUGUAAACUUGGUAUCAAAAUACAAAGCGAGUUAUUGUGAAAGAAGUAAAAAUGAAAACAAUAAUUAUUUAACUGAGGACACUAAAGAGUUUGAAGAUGAGCCGGCUCUAUCAAUAAAUUUAGAACACGUUCCUUACAAUUACAAAAAACCAACUACCGAUCAAUUGGAAAAAAGAGCUGAAGAAUUUUACAAAAUAGCGAACGCGCGCAGGACGGUCAGAUUUUUUAGCUCGGAAUCGGUACCAAGGCGGGUUAUUUAUGACAUUAUUAGAGCAGCAGGUACUGCACCAAGCGGUGCACACACUGAGCCUUGGACUUUUGUGUUGGUGUCUGAUAAAGAAACAAAGUUGAGGAUAAGAGAAAUAAUCGAGCAAGAAGAAGAGAUAAAUUAUAAAAAACGUAUGGGUAAAAAGUGGACGACGGACUUGAAACCGCUCAAGACUAAUUGGAUAAAAGAGUAUCUCACGCAAGCGCCAUAUUUAAUUAUUGUAUUUAAACAAAAGUAUGGUACACUGGCUGAUGGACGGCCAAAGAUUCAUUACUACUGUGAUAUGAGUGUCGCUAUUGCUUGCGGUAUUCUCAUUACUGCCAUUCAGUAUGCGGGACUUGUUACACUCACAUCGACGCCCUUGAACUGCGGACCUGCACUAAGAAAUCUUUUAGGACGACCUUCCAAUGAAAAAUUAAGCCUUCUUUUACCUGUUGGUUACCCAGCUCAUGAUGCCACCGUACCUAAACUCGAACGUAAAUCUUUGGAAGAUAUUUUAGUUGAAUUUUAAUGUUUAAUUAAUUGAAAAAUAAAAAUAAUUUAAUGGUAAUUAUGGACAAAAACUCUUCCCAUUAAUUUUAUAGAGUUUUAGUGUCUUGGAUGUAAUGAAAUAAAUAAAGUUAAUAAUUUUUGUAACGAUAAAAUUAUGUAAUACUUAUUUUAUAAACUAAUAUUUAUUAGCAAUUUGCGUACAAUUAUUAUUUUAAAUAAGCAGUAUAAAAAUCGAAUCCUGAAUCACCAAGAAAUAAUUAUAAAAAAGACAAUAAAUUCAUUAAUUAUUAUUUCAUAAUUUCAUUUAAUUGAUUUGUGGUGAUUUAAUUGUUAAUUAAUUAAUCAUUUAUAUUAUAAUGUAAUAAUAUACAAUUCCAUGCAAUUUAUCAUCAAUAUCUCGGAAUAUCGAGGGACAAGUGACUUAAAUUAAGUACAAUUUGUGUAUAAAAUAGAAAAAUACUGAGCUAAAUAACAAUUUUUCAAUUCGAAAAAAAAAUAAAAUUAAAUAAAAUAAAA